AUUACCAGCUGCCAUUUAAACUCCCAGAGUCCGAGACCCAUAAAUAAGAUUGCUCACAGUAAAGCAGCCUUCUCCAUCUCUUCUCUACCCUCGCCUUCUCCGUUCUCUCUCUCUCUCCCCAUCUCUCUAUAUUUAAAAUCAUACAUACACUCGAAUAUAUAUGUAUAUGCAGGCACAUGCUGCUUAGAACUCAGUUCGUCACUAGGAGAUGCCAAGGCCGGGGCCAAGACCUUAUGAAUGUGUGAGGAGAGCUUGGCACAGUGACAGACACCAACCCGUCCGAGGUUCAAUCAUUCAACAGAUUUUCAGGGUUGUCCAUGAGAGUCACAGUGCUGCUACUAAGAAGAACAGGGAAUGGAGGGAGAAGCUACCUAUUGUGGUGCUCAAAGCGGAGGAAAUCAUGUAUUCCAAGGCUAAUUCUGAGGCUGAGUACGUGGAUCUUGAAACGCUAUGGGACCGUGUAAAUGAUGCCAUUAAUACCAUCAUCAGGAGAGACGAGAGCACGGAAACUGGAGAUCUCUUGCCGCCGUGUGUUGAAGCUGCCCUGAACUUGGGUUGUAUACCAGUAAGGGCAUCACGUAGCCAACGAAAUUCUAAUCCAACAGGUUACCUCAGUCCAAGAACUCAAGAACCUGAUUGUGUACCUGCUAAAGUUUUGGAUGGCACUUCCAGUGAACGGAAGCCCCUGUCACUACCAAUCCAUCCUGGCAAUGAAUUAACGACUGCAAGACCGUUGGUGAUGAAUUCAGUGCCAUUAGUUACAGUAUCUGACAGACAUGCAAUGCAAAACGAUAUCUAUAAUAAUGCCUCUACUUCCUCCAAUAUUCCUUUUCCAUGUGGGGAACUUGCUCCUCCUCACAACAACCAGUUUGUCCCAACGGACAGUAACCCUUCUGUGCAUUGCGGUUCUGUUUUUCCAUUGUAUUAUGGUUCACAUUCUCAACCUAAUAUAUCCCAUUUUGACUUCCAACUUCCAAGAAACUCAAAUUCCAGAAUUGUUGGUACACCAGUUUUACCAUCAACCGUGGAUCCUGCUAAAAUGGGUAGCUUGCAAAACUUAUUUUCCAGUGAGAGGGAGGAACAUUCUAAAAACAUCAUCAAGCAAAGGGAUAUUAGAAGCAACCAUGACAAGGUGUCUGAAACAGGAUUUGAUCUAUCUUUACGGUUGGGUUUGUUUAAAGACUCAUCCAUGAGCCUGGAAAAAGUUUCAGCUCAUGAUGGCAAUAUUGUUGAUUUGAACAACUCUCAGGAGGGGAGCAAGUUCAGUGAUAUAUCUCACUGCCAAAAUGAAGAAUUUUCAUUCUUUCCUGUGCAUACUGGUAAUGAUCCCAGUGGGUUCCAGUCUACCUGUUGGAACUUUGGGGGUGAAGGCCAGAGUACAGAAGGAGCUGUUAGGAAACGCAAGGCACCCCUUAAUCACAAUCUGGAGGAUGAGCUAUUUGCCUCACACCCGGAGUUCAGAUUCAACCAGUUUACUGGUCGAGAUAAAAGGCCAGUCAUAGAUGUUGUCUGAAUCUGAAGAUUGAGCUCAUAAUCUCAAAGUGGUAACAUGAUAUCGUCAAAUCCUCAUAAGCCAUCACGUGGUUGGUAAAGAUUUCUAGAAAAUCAUCAAGGAGAAUGGAAGACCAGAUCCCUAGCUUGUGUUAGUCAUUGGUCGAGAGCUAGCUUAGCUUGUCAAGCUCUUGUAUUCAAAAGAAGCUGCCGUCCAAUUUAAAAACCUUUCCUAGUCAAAGAAAGGCUUCAAUGAAUAUCAUAUCAUGUAUAUAGUGUACUGGUCUAUAUAUGGGUUCCACUUGACA